CGAGGGAUGGCCAUAAGAAAAACUUCUUUCUUCGCGUGAAAUUGUCUUUACUGUGCAUAUUACAAUUAACGAUACCAACCAUGAAUUAUUCUUAUCGCACAUUCACGUGCGACUGGAAAGAACAAAUCCUGCAAAAUAAUUCAGUAUUCCAUUAUCAGUCGACCCGUUCUUGGGUGGAAUUUUAAACAUGCCUGUUUUCAAUGCAAAAGUAUUUCCUCUUCGAAGCGAGAAUAAACUUCGAAGAUGACACUUGAAUAUUCCAAGACUAAUUAUCUCACCUUUGUUGGCCCCUGCAGCCCAUUAGGUAAGCGAACAACCGAAGGCUGCAAAACGACGAAAAGCAGUUUUAAUAAUAAAUUAUCAUCGAGUCAAGAAGUCAUUCCAUUUUUCCUCCGAAUUUACCGCUUUGCUGGGGCCAGGAGCCAGAAAAAUCGGAUCCAAUCAACGCUUUCGAUCUGGGAUCAUGAAUGAUUUAAUACCGGCACUGGAAACGAUGAGUGCUAUCCGUUCGGAAAUUCGUUAGUCUUAUUUACAUUUUAGAGCCGCGACUCGAGCUAAUUGUACUGCCACUUAUUUCGGAAAAUGUUAAUUGAUUUCGAUCAAAUCUUGUUUGGUUCGCUCAUUUUGGGUAGCUUUAGACAGUUCGUUUAUAUUGUACUGCAUAAUAUUCAAGAGGAGAAAUCAUGAUUUGGUAGAUCUAGACAACGAGUUGAAAUGUGUCUAAAAUGAUGUUUUUAUUUGGAAUACUGACCUGUGAAAUAGAGAACUAAUUUUCAUCACCUGUGAGGGAACAAUAAAUACACACAGCAAAUAGUUUUGAAAAUUAAACGACGUGGUAAAUUGCAUUUAAUCACUACAAAUGAAUUAACAUUUCAUAUUCAAUUAAGUUUGGCUGAUUUUUACAAGCCGACACAGUUUAAAUUUAUUUCGAUUUAAAAGAACAGUUGCGUUUAUUGCAUCCUCCAAAUAUGUGCAUGAAAAUAAAAUAAAAUCACAACAUAUUUUUAUCUGUGUAAAUUAAACUGCCGCUGCAAGCAUAACUGUCUCAUAUUGGAUCAAUUAUCAAACAAAUUUUACAGCAACCCUUUGCCAAUUCUUUUAAUUUACAUAUGUGUAUAGGUUUUAGCUCAAACUAUGUGCUCAAAUGCUAAAUCACCACCCAUUUUCGCGUUUCAUUAUACGAACACUCCCAUAGUGCAUCGUUAUCUACGAAGUGGGAUAUCUGCCAGGAACAGAUAAUAAAGCCACGCGCCAUAAAGAUGUUCAAUUGCUCCAAACUUUGCAUUGUCAGUUUAUCAGUGGCACAGAUCGGUAGCUCAAUUAGAUCGCUUGCAUAAUGAAGACCUUACUGCUCGGUCUGGUCACACUAGUAGUCUUUAGUAUCAGCCAAGAACAACCCAAUAAAGACUGGUGGGAAACGGCCGUAUUCUAUCAAAUCUAUCCUCGCUCUUUCUACGACACCAAUGGAGAUGGAAUCGGGGACAUCAAAGGUAUAACGGAGAAACUCCAAUAUCUCAAGGAUACCGGAAUCGACGCAACGUGGCUGAGUCCGGUGUUCAAAUCACCUCAACGAGAUUUCGGUUAUGAUGUGAGUGACUUUCUUGAAGUCGACGAACUGUUUGGCACCAACGAGGAUCUGGAAAAACUGUUCGACGAGGCAAAGAAGCUUGGAAUCAGAAUAAUUUUGGAUUUUGUGCCGAAUCACUCCAGCAUAGAGCACUGGUGGUUUAACCAAUCGGAACACGGCUUAGAGCCCUACAAGGAUUACUACGUGUGGCACCCUGGUAAGCCAGUUGAAGGACAGGACAAGCCCGAUGUUCCGAAUAACUGGAAUUCUGUAUUCUAUGGAUCAGCAUGGGAAUGGAGCGACAUUCGAAAAGAAUACUACCUCCACCAAUUCGAGGUAGGACAACCAGAUUUGAAUUAUCGCAAUGAAAAGGUGAUUGCAGAGUUCGACGACAUUCUGCGCUUUUGGAUGGGAAAAGGCGCCUCUGGAUUUCGUGUGGAUGCCAUAAAUCACAUGUUCGAGGAUGAAUUCUUCCGGGACGAACCCGUUGACGAUCCAUCUGAUCCGUUAAGCUACGGUUACACCAAUCAUAUGUAUACAAACAGUUUGAUGGAAACAUAUGACGUAAUUGGCCACUGGAGACGCGUCAUAGACGAGUUUGUUGAGGAAAAUGAUCGAGAAGCGAUAAUAAUGAUGACUGAAGCCUACAUUAGUUUGGACAUGAUCAUGCGGUACUAUGAAUCGGACGAUGGCACCGAACAGCGAGCCCACUUUCCGUUCAACUUUGCCAUGAUCACCGAGCUGAAUACUGAUUCCAAAGCCAGUGACUUUAAAUAUGUCAUCGAUCGCUUCCUUGAAAACAUGCCGCGGGGAAAGAUUACUAACUGGGUGCUAGGGAACCACGAUCAACCUCGAGUCGGUAGUCGCUACGGUCCGGAACGCAUCGACGGCAUGCUGUUAAUCUUAUUAACGUUGCCUGGCGUAGCCGUAACCUACAAUGGCGAAGAGAUAGGAAUGCUGGACUACAGAGACAUUUCCUACGAAGACAGCCUCGAUCCACAGGGUUGCAAUGUUGGACCCGAGGAGUACAAGUGGAAAUCUAGGGAUCCCCAGCGUACUCCUUUUCAGUGGGAUGACUCCUACAAUGCAGGUUUUUCAACGGCGAACAAAACGUGGCUACCAAUGAAUCCAUAUUACCGUCAGACCAAUCUACGGAAGCAACAGGAGGCAGACUACAGUACAUAUCAGUUCUACGUGGAUGCGGUUGCUUUGCGAAAAAACCGCGUUUACACCCAUGGAUACUUUAAAUCCCGAGCGUUGGCAGAAAAUGUUUUCGCAUUUGUUCGUUACAUCAAACCACAGGACGAUCCCAACGAAGCGUAUGAUAGAUAUUUCAUAACUGUCGUGAAUUUGGAGAACAGAAUUACGACUGUCGAUUUGGGGUAUCUUCAUGAUGUUGGAAACAAUACGGUCGUGCGAGUAGUUGGAACAGAUUCUCGAUACAAAGUUGGACAAACUAUCGUUCCGUAUAGCCUAACACUGGGCCCGUAUGAAUCGCUAGUCAUUGCUGAGUCGGCAGCAGAGGCUCUCCGAGAGACUGUAGCUUUAAUUGUUCUGAUGAUAACAGGUUACUUUUUCCAAUAGCCAUAAUGAGCAGUGAUAGUUUCCAUUUGGAAUAUCAAAUGAAGCUUUAUGUUACAGCUUUUAUAAAGAUAAGUAAGUAAAGGUUCUGUGUAACCUUAAUUUACAAAUGUUUACUAAUAUCAAAGAUAAUAUUGCCGAUUUCACCAAUUUAAAACGUUAUCUGUAGAUUGUGAUUUCACAGCUUAUUUUCCUCACACUCACUCGCAUUUCAGGUUGUUCGAUUUUUACUACUGGAAUCUACCUAAUAAUAACACAUUACUUGUUAGUCACAUGUAAGCGUGUACACUCUGUCUAUUUGUUUUCAGAUUGAGCACUCACACAAAAAUAAUAUACACGGAAAAUCAAAAAUGUUUGAGGGUAUUGAGUGUGAGAAAAAGAUCACUGAGAGAAAAGAAUUCUCGUAAAACUCUUGUAAAGAGCAAAAAGCGCAAUAGGUACUUCAGAUUAAUUGUCAUACCCAUACGCAAAUAAUUGAAAUUCAUUUUACUUAUCGUCAAUAAAAUAAUUUGUUU